ACCAUGGCAGCUGUUAAACAACUGCUCUGGGAAACUCUGAAUGAUUUGAGUGACAGGGAGCUUGACAAAUUUAAGGAGUUCCUGCAGCUGACUGUCUCCCAGAAGGAUCUCACAGACAUCUCAUCAACGCUGAGUUACAUCACAGACAAAGCAAAAAUUGUGGCUGAAAUGGUGAUGACCUACGGCCAACAGUCAGUGCAGUUAACCGCAGAGGUUGUGAAGAAAAUGAACAGAGCCGAUCUGAUGCACAGAUUGUCAAAGCCCAGUUUAAAAUUCAAAGACAAACAUUCUGUGGAUGAACGUCAACCUGCACCGCAGGACAAAGCAGCAGCAAAGUCAGCUGUGAAGCGAAUUCUUUUUUUGACAUUUAAGUAUUUGAGUACUGAGGAGCUCGAGAAAUUCAAGUUGUUGCUGCAGUUCACGUACUUCCAGAAGGGCCUCCCACAAAUCUCAUGGCGCCAACUGGAGUGGGCCGAAAAGGCAGAGACUCUAGUGGAUCUGAUGGUUCAGACCUGCAGCCAACAGCCUGUGGACGUGGCCAUGGAGGUUUUCAUGAACAUGAACAGGACUGAUCUGGCGCACAGGCUUUCAGUCAUCAACUCAAGUCUCAAAGUAAAACUUGAACCAUCCAAGAAAGAAGUAAGCAUGUCACCUGUGAUGCAGAGGCUUUUGGGAACACUGAAAGAUUUACAUGACAAGGACCUGGAGCAAUUGAAAUGGCUCCUGCAGCACUUUGGAAUGAAGAAAGACGAGCAGAACUUCUUAGGACGCAGAAUGGAGAAGGCAGGCAGAGUCGAAGUAGCGGAGCUGAUGGAGGAGCUCUACGGUCUAUGGUCUGUGAAGAUGAUCAAGGAGUUUUUAAAGGAGGUGGGAAGGAUUGAUCUGGUGCAGAGGUUGACGGAAAUCAGCUCAGGAUCCAAAG